UUGCAGCUGAUAUAAGGAUGCGCGUUUUUUCCGGUGUAUAAUGGGAUUUUAUGCCACAGGACAGAGCGUGUUAGAGUGGAACAUAGUCACUAUUUUAAAGGACAAAUGUUUAUAUUUUAAUACCACAGAUCGACGUUCAUAAAGUAAUGUUGGGCUUUUGCUCGUGUAAACUCGGAGCAGUAGCGUCCUGUAUGGCUGUCAAGCGCUCCUUCGACUGAGAAAACAAUGCAGGCCUGAUAGCUCAUGUUAGCAUCUUCUACUCGCAAAGCUGCUCCAGUGGACCGCCGCAGUGAGGACUUGAAAGCCUUGGGCGAAGCCGUUUUGUGACUGCGCAACCACACACCACUCGCUAUGACCUCACAGCUGCAAGUCUUCUCGCCUCCCUCCAUCUCCUCCAGUGCCUUUUGCCGUGUUAAGAAGCUAAAGGUGGAGAACAACAUUUGGGAUGUGUCCACUACCGAAGCGUACAACUCCAUAGCGGGCCAGUCGGCGUAUACCUUUACCCCAGCCAUGGCCGUCCCACCCUUCGCACCAUCCCUGGUCUUCCCCCCAACAGCGCCUGGAUCUCGGGGCCAAGUGGUGGUUCGGGCAGCUGACAGCACCGGUAGUCUUCCGCGGGGUUCCAGUCGGCGUGUCACUGAGCACGCGACAUCCUCUUCUUACGCUCACGUCGAGGCGGCCUCGGAAACAAGAGGGCAUCGGCACGGGCAAAAGAGAAAGAUGGAGGAGACCAAUGAGGGCAGCGGGAGCGGCUGUGGCAGCGUGCAAAUUCUGGAAGAGCUUUCUGCGCCAGCCGCAACGUUCUCCACACGCACGGGCGGCGGAGGAGGCGGCACCGGCCAGUCCAUACCUCACUCGGCCCCGACCACCAAAAGCAGUAGCUCCAAUGGCGAAGGCGACUAUCAGCUGGUGCAGCACGAGAUCCUCUGCUCCGUGUCCUGCAGCUACGAAGUUUUGGAGUUCUUGGGGAGGGGCACCUUUGGCCAAGUGGCCAAGUGCUGGAAGAGGGGUACCAAUGAGAUUGUGGCAAUUAAGAUUCUUAAGAACCAUCCUUCCUAUGCUCGCCAGGGACAAAUUGAGGUACCAUCUCAUCUCCAUAUAACAUUUACGACCAACGUAUACGAGACUCAUUUCCUUGGAGCGUUUUUUUCUUUAACUCCUCAUGUUUUGUUUUUUUUCUCCCAGGUGGGCAUCCUGAACAGACUGAGUGCGGAGAAUGCAGACGAGUACAACUUUGUGCGCUCCUAUGAGUGCUUCCAGCACAAGGGUCAUACGUGCUUGGUGUUUGAGAUGCUCGAACAGAACCUGUAUGACUUUCUCAAGCACAGCAAGUUCAGCCCGCUGCCUCUUCGGCACAUUAGACCAAUUCUACAACAGGUGGCGACGGCACUGAUGAAACUCAAGAGCUUGGGACUGAUUCAUGCUGACCUAAAGCCUGAGAAUAUCAUGCUGGUCGACCCCCUCAGGCAGCCGUACAGGGUAAAGGUCAUCGACUUUGGUUCUGCAAGCCACGUUUCCAAGGCUGUGUGCUCUACAUACUUGCAGUCCCGCUACUACAGGGCCCCUGAGAUCAUUUUAGGUCUGCCGUUCUGCGAGGCUAUUGACAUGUGGUCUCUGGGCUGUGUGAUUGCUGAGCUCUUUUUGGGUUGGCCUCUCUACCCUGGAGCCUCGGAGUACGAUCAGAUCCGCUACAUUUCUCAGACUCAAGGCCUGCCAGCUGAGUACCUACUGAGUGCAGGCACAAAAACCAGCCGCUUUUUCAACCGAGGACCGGACUCUAGCUACCCACUUUGGAGGCUUAAGACACCAUCAGAACACGAAAUGGAGAUGGGCAUCAAAUCCAAGGAAGCUAGAAAAUACAUCUUCAACUGUUUGGAUGACAUGAUGCAGGUCAACCUUUCAUCUCAUUUGGAGGGUACAGACAUGCUGGCUGAGAAAGCAGAUAGACGCGAGUUCAUAGAUCUCCUGAAGAGGAUGCUCCGCCUGGACGCGGACAAGAGGAUCACGCCUACAAAGACACUGGGUCACCCUUUUGUCACAAUGAGCCACCUCAUGGAUUAUCCACACAGCUCUCACGUGAAGUCGUGCUUCCAGAACAUGGAGAUCUGCAAACGCCGGAGCACCUACGACAGCAACAAAUCCCUCUACUCUGCCAACGCAGUCCCCAGUGCUGCGGCAGGAAACCUGACUGUUACCUUCAGUAGCCAGCUCAACCAGCAUAACCAGGUGCCUUCUGCAGGGGGAGCGGUGCCUUUACUAAAUUAUCAGCCAGCGUUGUACCAGCAGGCAACCAUCAACAUUCCCGGUCUGACUCAACAAAGUGUUCCUAUUCCAACGCGUCCUGCCGGCCUUUGUAGCCAGGCAGAACCCUUCCAGCAGACUCUGAUUGUUUGCCCACCUUCAACCAUUCAAGGGCUGCAGUCCUCAAGCAAGAGCUCCAGCUUCCCCAUGAGGAUGGAUAACUCGGUUCCUAUCGUACCUCAGAACCAGCCUGCCCAGUCCUUGCAGCUCCAGCCCAGCAUGCUCACGCAGGGUUCCUGUACACCGCUGAUGGUGGCCACGCUGCACCCACCCGCGUCAGGCAUAGCCUCCCAGUAUUCUCUACCAGUGGGGCUAGGUACCGGGGUGGGCCGGCCCACCUUGUUGGAGCACACAGCCACAGUGCUGCAGGCCUGGCCCACUGGAACUCAACAAAUCCUCAUCCCGUCAUCAUGGCAGCAGGUCCCGGGCGUAGCCAUCCACAGCGCUGCGCACCAGGCCAAUAUUGCAGAGUCACCACGAGACUCCCACCACACCGACGCCACUGCCCAGCAGGGACACAAUUGGAGGAGCACAGCACAAACCAAAACUCAGCAGGAGAGGAAGAAGGUCAAAGCCAGGCGAGGAGAGAACAGAAAUAGGGGUGCAGCCACCACCUCCUUGCUUAGCACCAAUGCUGUGACGUCGUCUAGCCUCAUGGCCACGUUGUCGCAGCCCAUCGUCAUCUCUGACACGCCCAGCCCGGCAGUCAGCAUCAUAACCAUCCACAGCGACACCGACACUGAGGAUGAGCGCAAGUUUCACCCUGCCAGCGUUACGUUGGGCCAGCGCACCAACGUUAUCAGCUGUGUGACCGUGCAUGACUCUGAUUCGUCGACUGCCAGCCCCCUGACCCCGCGUCCCCGCACGCUAAACGCAGCCAGCACCGUUUCCUCUCGCCAGGCCAAGUCUCUGGCCGUGGUGGCGCCUUCAGUCAAAAUCCAGGCGCCUGAGAGAGGAGCAACUUCACGUAGCCGCCCAGAAACUGUGAACUACAUGAAACCCAAGAGAAUGUCUCAUCAGCAGCCAAGUAGUUCGGGGGAGAACCUGGAGCGACACGGACUGAUGCUGAGCCAGUCACGCCCCUUAAACCUCAGCCAGGUGCAGCCCCUGGUGUCUUCAUCUCAGGAGCGCACGGGGGCAUCCCACAGUCGGCAGCAGACCUUCCCCGCGGCCGCCUCUGCUCCACACUACAACUUCCCCGAGGUGUCGGCCCUGGCCGCCGUCUCGGCCGCCGGGCCCGGCCUGUACACCUACCCGGCCUCCACCGCCCUCUCGUCCGCCUCUCAGGUCAUGGAGCAGCUGCUGGGCCGUGGCCACGGAGGCCACGCCGGGCACGGAGGCCACGGACACUCGGGACACUCCCCCUCCGCCUAUGCAGCCACAUACACCUCUUCUUCCUCGUCCUCCAGGAGAGACUCGGCCGGCCGCAAGGAGUCUGUCAGCAGCCUGCUGCACGGCCUGCCGGCGGUCUACCAGCAGCAGUUCGCCGCGGCCUCCCCUUAUGUUAGUGUGACGCCGCGGGCGGAGGCAUACGGCGCCUACCAGCUGAGCCCCAGACGCCUCGCGCAGUACCCUUACCUAUAAGAUUCUUCAUUCCCUUACUUACAAGGGACGACUGUCACUUAUCCGAUUGCUGCUUUCCAUCACAAGGCUUGUCCUUUCUAUUUGUUUUCCCUUAGAUCUUAUCUGACGCCCUUAUUUUAUCCACUUCAUAUUAGGCGUUGUGCUUCAUUGUUUUUGUGUGAAGAGAGAUUCUGCUCCUGUCACAAGCUGCGAUGACACUUUUAGGCCAGCUUCCUGUGCUCGUGGAGGGACUAGCUGACACUAAUCCAGUAAGUCCCUGUGUUUUAGCUAACGGUAACUGUACUUGACACUUGUCCGUUGACUCACAAAUGUCUUUUGCUAUUUUUAAAUUAUGUUUUGUUUCUUGUACGGUGGGAAGACGGUGGCAUAGGGAUGGCUUUAAGCUGCAAAAGGUGGCCCAAUCGUGAUGGCUCAAUGUUAAUUUAAGUGCACAUGUGAUCGUGUGUUGAUGUAGUGACAGUGUUUUAGGCCAGAUGAACCAUGCAAUAGUUUAUUUAGAUUUUGCUUUUCUUUUGAACUGAAUGUAUUUAUGAAGUCCAGAUGAGUGAGAUCGUCAUGCUGACAAAUGAUGGGGAAAAGCUUUUAGGGUUUCAGAAAGCAAGUGAUCCUGUUUCACUUUCAAAGAAAAAAUAAAUCCCAAUUGUCAUAGUGACACUUAUUAAAUGACACAUCCGCUAGCCACUGUUAAGUAGGACCUUUUUAAUGGGUUUAAGUAAGGCCAGUUUUUAUGUAAAGAGCUAAAUAAAUAAAAGAUACAUCCCUUGAUAGGCAGGGGAUGCAUGCUCACUGAUUGACUGCUGAAUAUUGGCGUAUAAUCUUUUGGUUGAUUACUUCAUGUUGUGCAAGGAGCACUUAGGAGAAGGAGUUAUUAAAAGAAAAAAAAGAAAGUCCAGCCAAAAUGUUGCGGAAGAGAGAUGUUUUCCUUCGGUUAACUGCAGUGAAGUCUUCUGGUGACUGUGGGUUCUCAAAAGCUUUUUAGUCAAUUCUUCCCUGUUGUGUUUGCAUUGUUUUGUGUUGUAAUGUCUGAGUAUUUAACUGUCAUUUGACCUUAUUCUAGUAGUUAAAGAUGCUACUCUGUAGAACUAAUUCAGGGAAAUGUUUCUGCUCAAUAAUCUACCAUCACUGUUUGCAAUAAAAUAACCACAAACACAAA